CUAAUUUAGCAACAACACAGUACACAUAACCACUAAAUUAUAUUUAAAAAGUAUUUAUAUCUUUUUUGUAUUUAUAGAAAUGUAUGUGUGUCUAUCCGGCCAUAUGAUAAUUGUAAAUGCAUAAAAGUAGAGGGAUUCAAAGCAAAAGUUAGUGUGGUAUUGGGAACUCAACAUAUUAUAAAGAAAGGAGUCUUGUCUCCAUAUAUAUGUCACGUUCCAAACAAGCUAAGAUCUCUUCUAUGUUCUACCUUUCACUUCUUUUUUAUACUCCUAUCUUCUCUACACUCGAGAAAGUGUAACAAAAUCCCCUACAAAGAGAAAUUAAAAUCCAACCAUCUUCCAUGACUAUUAAGAAGAAACCAUUUGUACUUGUACCAUCUCCUAUAAGUUUAUAAUACAUAACACCCUAAACACAAAUCUAUUUACGUUGUUUUGUACUCCUUUCUCUAACCAAAUUAUCUUGGUAUUGUCUUUAUUGUGCGUCUAAUUACUUCUUCUUUUAUAUUUAAUUAAUAGUUGAUCGUAAAGAAUGUAUUAAUUAAGACAUGGAGAAUAUGAGUAGACGGAGAUUAGAUUGGUCAAUCAAGGGCUUACUAAGACUUAUUUUAUUGGUAAGUUUUGUGUGGCUCUCUUUGGUUGGAUUAUUAGCUUAUGGAGAUCAAGCAAAAUCAACAAAAAUACUUCAUAAUAACAAUAAUAAUGUGAAUAAGCAUGAUCAACAUGUAAAACAUGAAGAAUCAGUGACAAUUGGAAGAGGAAAGGUCAUAGCACAUUCUGAGGUUGAUUUUAAUUACAUGAGCAAAAGAAAAGUACCAAGUGGUCCAGAUCCUAUUCAUAACAGUUUGUUUCGUUUAUUCAGAAGAGCGCGAAAUUCGAGAAGACCACCUGGAGAGGCUUAGGGUUUCCUGAGGAGAUUCAUCUAAUGUUGUGUGAGAGAUAAUGAAGAUCAAGUGCAUAUGAUGUUAAUUACUCCAAAUUAUUAUAUAUAUAUAUAUAUAUAUACAUAUAUAUAUAUAUAUAUAUACUUCAUCCGUUCCAUAAUAUUUGCUUUCAAAUAUGAUAUAUUAUGUGAAAAAAGGGCACAAUCAAUAAUAAGUAUUAUGGAACGGAAGAAAUAUAUAUACAUAUCUUAAUUUUUGGUACAUUAUGUUUGGGAAAUGGACAACAAAAAAUUGUUAGUCACAGAAAAAUGAGAAAAGAAAAUAUCAAAUAUAAAUGUUAUAAAACAAUUUCCGUAUAUAUAGUUCCCUAAGUUGACAUAUUGUCCUUGAAAAAUGAAGAUUGGUUCUUAUCAAGCAAGUUAUCAACCACGAACCAUCUCUUCCAGGACUGUAUACCAUGUUACUCUCAUGCAAAUUGCUUUAAUUUUCUUUAAAAUUGUUUAUGAAAAUUGUGCUAUUUUUUUCAUUUUAUCUAUAU